GAGGCUAAUGUCGCAACCUAGCUAACCAAUGUUUACGUUACGUAUCACGACCGUUGUCAGACAAUACAACCAGACUGAAUUAUCAGAGUCUGUAUUUGUGCAUAAAUUCCUUCAAAUGGAGGUUUUAUGUGUAAACUUCACGGAUGUUUCACCGCAGAGUCACUUCCUGUUAGCAACGAAUGCUACAGGAAGUUAGCUUGCUACAGGAAGUAGCCGGAGCUCGGCCGCACAGCGCUAGUCGGUGUAGCUUCAAUAGAGACCAAACUGUUUCUCUAACGGAGUAAACAAUGUCCACAUGAAGCUGUCUGAAGAGACUCUGUGCUGCUCACUUUAUUUAGAAAACGUUUAAUAUGUGAGUUAUCUCCUGGAAGCUAAUGUUAGCCGCGGAGCUAAUGGAGUUAGCUUAGCGUGCUAACUGGAAAUAGAAGGAACGUGAUUUAAUGUUUGAACAGAGUUUGUACCGGAGGAUAAAGUUCCUGUGAAUGAGAGAAAAUGUCUCACCAACUACUGGACGCUGCUUUAAGUAACCCUGCAGACUUCCAGCUGCUGUCGGUGAGUAAAGAAGAGGAUCCUCCUGAGCAGCAGGAGUGGAGCCCCAGUCUGAACCAAGAGGAUCCACCAGAGCUGCCACACAUUAAAGAGGAGGAGGAGGAACUCUGGACCGGUCAGGAGGAAGAGCAGCCUGGAGGGCUGGAGGAGGCUGAUAUCAUCAAGUUCACAUUCUCUCCAGUCUCUGUGAAGAGUGAAGAAGAGGAGGAAGAGAAACCUCAGCCCUCACAGCUUCAUCAAACUGAAGAGAACAGAGACGCAGAAGCUGAUGGAGAGGACUGUGGAGGACCAGAACCAGACUUCCAGCUGCUGUCGGUGAGUAAAGAAGAGGAUCCUCCUGAGCAGCAGGAGUGGAGCCCCAGUCUGGACCAGGAGGACCCACCAGAGCUGCCACACAUUAAAGAGGAACAGGAGGAACUCUGGACCGGUCAGGAGGAAGAGCAGCCUCAGGGGUUGCAGCACGCUGAUACCAUCAAGUUUCCAUUCUCUGCUGUCCGUGUGAAGAGUGAAUAUGAGGAAGAGAAACCUCAGCCCUCACAGCUUCAUCAGAGACAAACUGAACAAAUGAAAACAGAAACCAGGGACUCAGAUCCACAAAGACAAUUACAACCAGAUACUGAUGACAAGGCUUCAGACUUUUUGGAACCUGAGACUGAUGACAGUGGCGACUUGAGGAAGAGCAGUGAACCUCAGUCAAGUUUAAACCUUCUGAAAAGUAACAGUGAAUGUAAUACUGGUGAGAAAUCAAUCAGCUGCUCCGAGUGUGGUAAACAAUUCAGCCAAAGCUCAAACCUGAAGACCCACAUGAGAAUUCACACAGGAGAGAAACCAUUCAGUUGCUCUGUCUGUGGUAAAGGAUUCGCACAAAAGACAACUUUGACCUCACACUUGAGAGUUCAUACAGGAGAGAAACCUUUUACAUGCUCAGUUUGUAAAGUCAGUUUCAGUCUCAGAUACAAUUUACACCAACACAUGAGAAUGCACACUGGGGAGAAACCCUUUGGCUGUUCUGUCUGUGGUAGAAGAUUCACACAAAGCUCAACUUUGACCUCACACUUGAGAGUUCAUACAGGAGAAAAACCAUUCAAAUGCUCAGUUUGUAAAAUAAGUUUCCGUGACAGAGGCACUUUGUUCAGGCACAGGAGUAUCCAUACCGGCGAGAAAUCAUUCAGUUGUUCAGUUUGUGGUAAAGGAUUUAUACAAAAGGGGCACAUGACUCACCACAUGGCUCUCCACACAGGGGAGAGACUGAGUUGUUCAGUUUGCAAUAAAAGAUUUAUACAAAAGGGCCAUCUGACCCACCACAUGGCACUCCACACAGGGGAGCGACUAAGUUGUUCAUUCUGUAGUAAAAGUUUUAUUCAAAAGGUAAAUCUGACACGCCACAUGGCUCUCCACACAGGGGAGAGACUCGGUUGCUCAGUCUGCAGUAAAAGCUUUAAAUAUAAAGUAAACCUGACACGUCACACAGCAAUCCGCAGCUGCAGUGUUUGUGGAAAAACAUUCACUUGUCCUUCCCAGCGCAAAAAGCACCAGUGUGUUGGUCGUCAGUCCUCACAGCCUCAUCAAAGCCAAACUGAAGAGAACAGAGAUGCAGAGUAUUUGAAAACAGAAGCCGAUGAAGAGCACUGUGGAGGACCAGAACCAGCCAGGAACUUUAAACCAGAUAGUGAUUUUAAACCGGAUGCUUGUGACAAGAUGUCACACUUCUCUGAAGAUGAGACAAAAGCCAGUGACGAUUGGAGGAAGAGCAGUGAUCUUCAGGCAGAUAAUAGUGGAUGUAAUACUGGUGAGAAAUCCUUUAGCUGCUCUGACUGUGGUAAACAGUUCAACCAUAACUCAAAUCUGAAGAGACACAUUAGAAUCCACACAGGGGAGAAACCCUUCAGUUGUUCCGUCUGUGGUAAAGGAUUCGCUCAAAGCUCAACUUUGACUUCACACUUAAGAGUUCAUACAGGAGAAAAACCUUUCACAUGCUCAGUUUGUCAAACUAGCUUUAAUGACAGGGGCACUCUGUACCAACACAUGAGACUGCAUACUGGGGAGAAACCCUUCAGUUGCUCAGCUUGUGGUAAAAGAUUUGCACAAAAAGGAAAUCUGACACACCACAUGGCAGUCCACACGGGGGAGAAACGAUACGGCUGCAUCUUUUGUGACUUAGGAUUCACUGGACUUUAUGAGCUCAAAAACCAUCAGUGUGUUGGUCGUCAGUCCUCACAGCUUCAUCAAAGCCAAAGUGAAGAGAACAGAGACGCAGAACAUUUGAAAACAGAAGCUGAUGGAGAGGACUGUGGAGGACAAGAACCAGUCAGGAACUUUAAUCCAGAUAGUGAUUUACAGUCAGAUACUGAUGACAAGAUGUCAGACUCUGAAAGUGAGACUGAUAACAGUUGUGACUGGGAGGAGACCAGGGAACCUCAGUCAGGUUCAAAACCUCUGCAAAACAAUGAAGUGACUGAUGAAGGAUUUAAUACUGGAAUAACAUCAGGUAGCUCCUCUGAAUGUGAUGCAAGCGUUGACCACAGGGGACAUCUGCAGGAACACAAUGGAAUCCAAACAAGAGAGAAACCAUUUAGUUGCUCAGUUUGUGGUAAAAUAUACUCUCAGAAGAAAUCCUUAACGAAUCACAUGAGACUUCAUUCAGAGGGAAAACACUUCAGCUGCUCAGUUUGUAAAAAAACUUUUCCUUGGAAAGGAGAGUUCUUGAGGCACAUGAGAAUCCACACAGGGGAGAAACCCUUUAGUUGCUCUUUCUGCGGCAGAGGAUUCGCACGAAGCUCAGCUUUGACCACACACUUGAGACUUCACACGGGAGAAAAACCUUUCACGUGCUCACUUUGUAACGCAAGUUUUGCUGACAGUAGCACUUUGUCCAAACACAUGAGAAUGCACAGCGGGGAGAACCGGUUCAGUUGCUCUGUUUGUGGUAAAGGAUUCACUCAGCUUGGUCUCAUUAAAAAACACAGGUGUGUUGGUGAGAGCAGUGGAGGUAACUGAAGGAUUGAUGGGGUAGAUUUCAACACUAAUCAGUGAGACUGUGCCUUACGGUAUGACUUAUAUUCGUCUAUGUAAAAUGGAUUACAAUUCAACUUGUACUUUAUGUAUGCUGAGAGAGUUUUUGGUUUCUAUAAUCAUUCUUAACCUUAGUAUCUUCAUCGUUGUGCCCUUCAAGACAAGUGUCUCUCGGCAUAGAAUACAUGACACCCUCAGAUCAGAUCGCACUGGCAGGAAGAGACACCAUAGAGAAACUGGUCAAUUUUCAAAAUAAAAUACAGUGUGCAGACUCAAUCGUGUGGCACCAGGCCAGAAGUCAAUCAGUCAGAGGAGACAUGAAGCAGAGAAACGUGCUGUUUUGCUUCCUUUUAAGGACAAAAUAUACAAGUAAACGACGCCGGGCUAACAUGUCAUUGGUUCAAACCUGUGUCUGCAGCUUUAUUUUGUGGGUUGAUAAGUUUAGAAGUCAGUGUGUCUUCAUUUCACUCAGGAGGGUUUCAUCUCCAUCACAGUCUGCCCGAGUCUUCAGUCGUUUUUUAGAAAUAAGUAAAUUAUUAUAACUUAUUUAUACUUUUGUUUGUAAAACAAUGUUUUAAUUUUAUCAAAAAUCUUCCAGUGAAGAACAUUUAAGAAAAUGUUCAAUGAUAGGCACACAUGAGUAAAUACAAUGUUGGGAGAUUCAUUUUCAGUUGAUUUAUGACAUUAAGACAUUGUGAAAUCUUUGAAAACCAUGAAGAAAAAUGUGUUCUCUUUUAAUAUGUGAGUUUUUUCAGAAAAUGUAAUUGUUAUGGAACAGUUCAAAUAAUUUGUAGAUUGUCUGUAGCAAUAAUUGUAAAUGAUUCAACUGUAUUUGAAUAUUCCUGCAUAAACAGGGGUCUAGUUGUAUAAAAUGGGAAUAACAUAACACAACAUUCUUCCUACCGCUGCUGUAUAAGGCAGUGGCCCACUUGUGCCACCACAGUCAAAAAAGUCAGAUACACCCCUGGCAAGGACUGAACCAGUAAAACUUCUCAUCAGGAACAUCUCACUCUGUUCACAAAUCCACUUCUGAGAAUAUAUGAGUCACAUUUUUACAAGAAUAAAAGAUCUUAAUUACAAAAGUUA